AUGGGUGCUUUGCAAUAUAUUAUACUUACUCAGAAAUCAAUUUUGAAGUACAAAGUUGCACGUCAGAAUACAAGAUCAUCUGUAAACUUAGCUUAUAAAAUCCACGGACAGCCGAAUCCUCAUCAGACGCCUGUAAUAAUUCUUCACGGUUUACUUGGAUCAAAAAGAAACUGGGAAAGUAUGUCUAAGAAAAUAGCUCAUGCAACGCAUAAGGUAGUCUUUGCCGUAGACGCGAGGAAUCAUGGUGAAAGUCAACACCAUAGCAGCCAUUCUUAUCAUGAACUAGCUACUGAUGUAAAACAAUUUAUGGAUAAUUUAAAUAUUAAACAAGCAGAUAUCAUUGGACACAGUAUGGGUGGAAGAACAGGCAUGGUUUUAGCGCUCACGGAACCUACCAACGUAUCAAGUUUAAUUGUUGUUGAUAUUUCACCUGUAUCGACAGCUCGAGCUCUUAACGAAUUUAUGCCUCGGUUAUUGGAUACAAUGAAAUCUAUAAACUUUCAGGGUAUCAAUGAUUUAAAUAAAGCAAAACUUCUUGUUAAAGAAAAACUAUUACAAUCUAAAGUUAUUGAUUUAAAUAGCAUGGGUUUUAUAUUGAUGAAUUUGGGAUUAAAGCCAGAUCAAUCAAUAGGAUGGAUUUGCAAUGUUGACACACUAAGUAAAUACUUUAUGGAUAUUGCUACAUUUCCUGACUUAUCGGGUAUGGUGUAUAAGGGGCCGACAUUGUUCGUCGGUGGACAGGAAUCCCACUAUAUCCAGCCCUCGGACAUCAAUCAAAUUAAGAAAUAUUUUCCAAACGCUGAACUUAAAUACGUUGAGGAUGCUGGGCAUAACGUUCAUGCUGAAAAUCCUGUAGCCUUUUUACAACUUGUAACUCCAUUCUUAACACAAAAGUAA